UUCACCACUACACCGACAACAUGGAGGAGGGCGACAGCGCUGCACUCUUCGGGGACGUGGUGUUCACCGUGAUCCCAAGCGACGACAUUGAAGAACACAACAUCGAAUCCCUCAAGGUUGCGAUUACCAACAAUGGAGGUCGAUUUGUACCGCUACGCGCAUCCGACCAGCAUAUCGAAGACCUCGAAGAAUUGUCGCACAUCAUCACCACACAUGUGGACUUCCCGCAAUACGAUCGCGCCAUCGAGCUCGGCACAUACAUCGUCAAGCCUGCAUGGGUGGCUCUCAGCAUUCAGAAGCAGAGGCAGGCGUCGACGAGACAAUACUCCCCGGAUCCGAGCCAAUUCUUUCACGAUGUGGUUGUCACAUUCGCCGGUCUUCCUGAGAGUGACGAGGAGAAUCUCACAGCUGGUGUCAUAGCCCUGGGUGGACAGAAGAGCACCGGCCUAAGCAAGCUUGUCACGCACAUUGUGACAACCAACGACAACGAAGAGAAGUGCAGACUCGCGAAGGAGAAGCAACUGAAGAUGAAGAGAGUCCUUCCACAUUGGUUCGAUGACUGCUUGAGGCUCGGGAGGAAGAUCAACGAGCAACCUUACAUGUUUCCGGACCCAGAGAUCCUUCGCUCAGAUUUGACAGCCAGCACGGUUCGAGGGGCGCAGUCACCGGAGCUCGACGGAGCCACGACUGCAACGCCAUCCGGAGAGCCCUCCAGUACCCCACCGUCAAGCCCUUCAGAGUCCCGCAAGAAUCUCAAUGCCUUGACGAACCGUACGAUUUUCCUGUCCGACGAUCUACACAUCGAGCCGCAUCUCCGCAAGACUCUCGAUAAGCUCAUACAUUCUGGUGGGGGAGCCGUCGUUGAUUCGGUGAAAAAGGCAAACGUGUACAUUGGUGCGUACAGAGACGGUUCAGACUUCAUUGCAGCUUCCCGAAAAGAGAACAUUGAAGUAGCGAAUCUGGCGUGGCUCUUUCAUGUCAUCAAUCGCAACAAGUAUGUGAGCCCGCUUCGCCGACUUCUACACUACCCGAUACCACGACGAGGGCUGCCUGGUUUCGAGAAUAUGAAGAUCAGCAUUUCGAACUAUUCUGGAGAUGCGCGCCUUUACGUCGAGAAUCUGAUUCGAUACUGUGGUGCAGAGUACACCAAGACCAUGAAGCAAGACAACACACACGUCAUUGCCGCUCACUUGCAUGGGGAGAAAUGCGAAGCAGCGCAGGAGUGGAACAUCAACAUGGUGAACCAUCUUUGGCUCGAGGAGAGCUAUGCAAAAUGUGCUGUGCAGUCAAUCUCUAACCCAAAAUAUGUCACAUUCCCAACGAGGACAAAUCUUGGCGAGGUGGCCGGCCAGACCAGUCUGGACAUGAAAGCUGUUGAGCGUCUCUACUACCCAUUGCCACGCUCUCCUCAGAAGCCUCAAAAAGCCGCUGAGCGACAGGCGCUCAACACGUUGCAUUCGCAAGCGGCCGACAUCGAGCUAUUUCAGAAGGAGAUGAAGCGAAAAGGCGGUGUCAUUCACGGAGGUCGCCGUGGAAGCAUCGCUGAUGAGAUCGCUCUUAGUGAUGGCGAGACCCAACAUGUCCCUUCCAAACUUACCAAGAAGGCGAAACAUGCGGCUGUUCCCGACCUACCUGAAGUCAGAUACCGGAUGAUGGUGACUGGUGAUGAUCGCUGGGCGUCGAAUGCGCGAAAGGAGUCGGCCGACAAGAACACUCUACGCAGCCUCGGAGUUCUCCUUACCUCGGAUCCAAAGAACGUCGACAUUCUCGUCGCGCCCAAGCUUCUUCGCACGAGGAAGUUCGUGUGUGCUCUGGCUUGCGCACCCCUCGUGGUCGACACAACUUUCCUGGACUCAGCGCUCAAGCACAAGAAGCUUGCUGCGGAUCCUCCAAUGCUGAAGGACCGGGAAGGUGAGCAGCGUCUUGGUUACAAGCUCGCUGACGCCUUGGAGCGGGCAAAACACAACAACCGGAAGCUCUUCCGCGGCUGGUCGAUCUUUGUCACCAAGGAUGUCAAUGGAGGCUUUGACACAUAUAAAGACAUUAUCACGCUGAACGGCGGGGUUGCGCUACUGUACACCGGGCGCACUGGAAUCACGCUGCCCAAGCGACAAGAACGCAACGAUCCCGAGUCAGGACAGGAGUCUCAGAAUCAGGGCGGCGAUGAUGAGUUUGAUUACGUGUACCUUGUCUCCGGCGGCUCAGAGGCAGAGGUCAAGCUCUGGAAGACGUUCCGUGACACCAUCGGCAAGCAACAGCUCAAGGCACGCAUCGUGCAACCGGACUGGCUGCUCCACGCCGCCAUGACUCAACAAAUCAUCUGGAAGGACAGUUAUUCUCUGGAUGAGGGCUCGAUGAUGUCUCAGCGCAGUGGUUGA